AUGGUGCUGGCGAGUCUUGGAGGCCCACGCCUAGAGGGCCAGCUGGGGAUAGAUCUCCUCCUCGACGUCCCAGAAGCCCGCCCAGGGAGGGAGACCGCGUGCGACCUCGAAGUCCACGCCCACGAAGUCCAGUCAUAUCGAGAGAUCGCGAAAGUCCUCGUAGACGCGAACGAACCAGGUCCCCCAUCAGACGCUCUCCACCCCGGCGCAGCAUGUCUCGAAGGGGUACUCCGCGAAGAAUAUCACCAGUCCGAUCAGAUCGAUUUGAACGGCCGAGAUCUCCCCCUCGGCGCGAGUGGGAGCGCGAUCGCGACCGUGAUAUGCGCCCUAGAGAGCGCGAGCCAGAACGACCUCGAGACUGGAAUAGGGAGCGCGAUCGUUCACAUGAUAGGGGCCGAGAUUUCGACCGCCGUGGCGAUAGACUCGAUGAAAGGAGGAGGUCGCGCUCCCCGUACAUUCGAGAUCGCCGUGGGCCUAGUCCGCCAGGCAGAGGCUCACCACCUCCUGGCAAUCGGGCCAUGA